AGCAAGACAAACCGGACGGGAUGUACGGCAGCAGCUCCACACACGGCUACAGAGCGACAUCCAGAGAUUCACUGCUGACUAACAGACACACAAACACAGAGAAGACAUGAGAGCUGUCGCAGCCUUUCUGCUGGUGCUGUGUUACCUGGCCGUCACUCACGCCUGGAACUGCGACGAGGGCACGGGGAUGUACAACGUUACGCAGGUGGAUGCCGGCCAGGGGAUGGUGAUCGCAAGAGACACAUCUGGCUAUGUGUACUUCCUGAUUGGAUCGUCCUGGCACAGAAUGAGCACAACUGAAUUCAAGCACGCCUCAGUUGGACCUGCAGGGAUUUGGGCGACUGGUAACACCCAGGACAAGGUCUACAAAUACAUAGCUGGCAACUUUCAAAUUGUGACUAGCGGUCAGGCUAUGCAGCAGGUGGAUGCUGGAGGUAAUGGUCAGGUUGUGGGGGUUUACUACGACAACAACUACUGCCUGAGCAGUACUUCCGCCUCAGCCUACAGUGGGUCCGGCGCCCUGACCUGGACCAGCCUGUCGAAGGCCAUGACGUACAUCAGCUGCGGACCGUACGGAUGCUGGGGAGUGGACAAAACCGACAAGAUCUUCUUCACGCCGAAUAUGACACCGACCUCCUGUGACACCAGAGAGUGGACCCAGAUCGAAGGGGCCGCGGUAAUGGUUGAAGUUGGGACGGACGGGAAAGUCUUCGUGGUGAAUCGAGGAGGGAUGCUCUGGGAAAGAACGGGCAUCGCCGCCAGAACCCCUCAAGGAACAGGCUGGAAUCACGUCUCAGUGUGCAUGAAAGUCCGCCACGUGUCCCUUGACCUGGGCACUAUGUGGGUCGUGACCAACAUUGGUUUGCUCCUGAAGUGCACACAGUAACGCCUGAUUGCCAUUUCAUUUUUUUUGUAAAUUUUAUUUUUAUCUUACAAGCUGUGGUGUAACAACACUGUAAAUCAAGGCUGCAAGAAUGUGUUUACUGCAAGCAAAUUACUUUGAUUAAACACGAAAAUGGAUUGGACGGUGAAAUGGUAAUAAUAGCUGACAAUAGGAAAUAAGAGUGUAAGAGUGAGCUAAUACAUUAAAGACUUUAGACUUUGGA